AUGGCUGCUCCCCCUCCAAAGAAAUUGAAAACGGACACUCGCAGGUUUCAUGACGAAUGGAAAAUUGAUUUUUUCUUCAUACUUCCAGAUGGACAAAAUAUGAAACCAACAUGUUUGAUAUGUGGAGGAACCAUAGCUGUGAUUAAAAGGUAUGACAUUCAGCGGCAUUACAAUACAAAACACAAGGACACAUUCGAGAAGAAAUAUCCACCAGGAAGUGAGGAACGCAAGAAGAGGAUGGAACAUUUAGCUAAGUCUCACGCAAAAUCAGUAGCAGUGUUUUCUAGAGGUGGAACUGCACAGGAGAAAGCAGCAGAAGUCUCCCUCCGAGUCUCAUGGAUUCUUAACAAGAACAAACUUCCAUUCACAGCAUCCGAAGUAGUGAAGGAAUGCAUGGUUGAAACGGCAAAGGUCCUUUGCCCAGAAAAAGUGGAGACUUUCAAAAAGAUUCCUCUUUCUAAUGACACUAAUACAAGACGCUCUGAGGUCUUAGCUAACAACCUUAAAGAUGAACUGCUGGAAAAAUUGAAGGUUGCAGAUGCCAUCUCCCUUGCCAUAGAUGAGUCAACUGACAUCACAGAUGUGGCACAGCUGGCUUUGUUUGUCAGAUUUCUGGAUGAGUCUUCAGGGACAUUCCGUGAAGAGCUUCUCGAAUUGCUACCCCUGACUGGAUCAACAACAAGUAGUGAUAUUUUCAGCACAAUUUCAUCAUUCUUUGAUGCACACGGAAUUUCCAUCGCCAAAGUGAAAUCCCUCCUAACUGAUGGAGCUCCUGCAAUGGUCGGGAAGAAAACAGGCGUGGCAGCAAGGAUGAAGGAGGUUUCACCUGGGCUUCUGUCAUUCCAUUGCCUUAUACACAACUCAGUUCUUUGUGCAAAGAUCAACAACGACUUUGCUGAGCCCCUGAACAAACUUAUUGAAAUUGUGAAUUUCUUGAGAGCCAAAUCAUCCAAGCAACAUCGAGACUUGCGAACCUUUCUACAAGACGAAGAGGCAGAGUACUUUGAUAUUCCUUUGCACACAGCUGUACGAUGGCUUAGCAAAGGGGAGGUGUUGAAGAGAAUGUGGACCCUGCGAGCACACAUCGUAAGUUACUUGGGUCAGUCAACUGAUGUGCGUGCCAAAAAGCAUCUUGGCUUUAUGACUGAUGACGGAAUGAUGACAAAGAUAGCCUUCCUUGUGGACAUCUUCACCCAUCUGAAUGGACUGAACCUGAAACUUCAAGGACGUGGAAAAUCCCUGGCAGCAUGUAGGAAAACUGUAAAGACAUUUCAAGGGAUGUUACCGGUUUAUCUGAAAGAUUUGACCAAAGACAAGAAGUACUUUCCCACUCUGAAGGAAUAUGGACCUAAUGCAAUUGUAGGUGCAGAAUUUGUGCAGAAACUCAUGGACGAGUUUCACACCCGCUUUGCGGACUUCAAGAAUUUGGACAGUAUCCUGUUAGUUGUGACACAACCAUUUUUGGUAGACCCAACAGAUGAAAGAUGGUUGGAGCAAGCAGGAGCAAUUUCUCCAGACAUGUCCCAGCAAGACCUUCAAGAACAACUCAUCGAGCUACAGGCUGAUGAUGAACUGAAACUGCAGUUCAAUGGUCAAGAGUUGGAAAAGUUUUGGAUUGAACUUACUGGUUUCCCUGUUCUUAGGAGCAUGUCAACCAAGAUUCUCACCAUUUUUGGAUCAACAUAUAUUUGUGAACAGUGUUUUUCAAACAUGAACUUCAUUAAGAACAAAUACAGGAACAGAAUAACAAACACUCAUUUGUGCAACGUUCUCCGAGUUGCCAUCACAUCAGUCAAGCCUAAUUUUUCAGCACUGGCAAAAUCUGGGAGAAGUCAUUUCAGUCACCAGAUCUGA